AUGUCUAAUCGAGGACGGGGUCGUGGUGGCGGUGUUCAAUCUACCGAUAGAGCUUCCUCAUCAUCUUCAGCAACUUCUUCCCGUAGUCCAUCCCUAACACGUCCUACAACUUCAACAACUACUCAAGAUACCGAUCGAUUAAUGAAACAAUUAAAAACUCAACUAGGUACUGGAUCUACAAUAGCAACCGGUGUUGGUGCACGUACUACAACUAAAUAUAUGCCGAAUUUAGCAGCCUCAAAAAAAGACAAAGAUAAAACUGAUUCUACAAAUAAUAAUUCAGCAUCCGGUUCAAAUAAUGAUAUACAAUCUAUCAAUAAAAAAGAUCAUAUUAAUAAUAAUAAUAAUAAACCACAAACAAAUCGCGGUAGAGGUGGUAAUUAUCGUGGUGGUCAUUCUCGUGAUAAUUACAUUCAAACUAAAGGUAUAUUUGAAGAAGGUAAAGCUCAGAUACCAGUUGCACCUACAACAUCAUCUUUUUCCUCUCGAACAUCAAUUAAAACUGAAACUUCAACAUCUAAUAGAAACAUACGAAAUAUAGAAAAACUUGGAAUAAAAAAAACAAAAUUAAUUGGUGAUGUUGAUGGUCUUAAAUAUGAAAUUGAUGAAGAAAAUGAACCUCGUUUAAUUCCACUUGCUCAACGAAAAUCUGUAUUUGAUAUAAAAAAAGAACCAAAUAUUAUAAAAAAAUCUACAGAAUCAAUUUCAAAUACUUCUGAACAUAUUAAUUCAUUUAUUCAAUUAUUUUCUCAACAAAAACUUGAUUCAUCAACAAAAUCAAUUGUUAAAGAUGAACCAAUGGAACCAACGGAUAUUCCAAAAUCACAAGAAUCUAUAAAUGAUUCAACACAACUUAUUCUUAUGCAAUUUCCUGAUGUUUUACCAUGUACACGUACAUCAUCAUCAACAACAAAACCUGAAUUAGUUUCAUUAAGUGAUUUACCUGAUGGUUUUCUUGGAAAAUUACAAAUAUAUAAAUCUGGUAAAUGUCGUUUAAAAUUAAAUGAUGAUACUUAUCUUGAUGUUGAUAUUGGACAACCAACAUCAUUUUUACAAAAUGUUAUGGUUACAGAAAUGGCAUCAACAAAUAUUCAUGAUGAACAUGAAACAAAUAAUGAUAUGAAUAAACUUGUUUGUCUUGGUGAUAUUAAACAUAAACUUAUUGUUUCUCUUGAUGCUGAGCAUGUUUUUCAAGAUACUAGACAAUAA